UCAGUUGGUAAUCCGUGGCUGCGCUGUGGGGGGAAAUGUCGCCCCCUGCUGGCAGAAACGUGUCAUUUACGCCCUCCGCCCAUCUGUAUCUGCGUCACAGCCAAAACACCGCUGCUCAGGAGAGGACCUCACAGCUCCGGACCGCCGUUCGCUCCCGUAUUUCUUCAGGAACUCUUUCCCUAGACAGCUUCAUCAUGGUCAAAGUGACGUUCAACACGGCGCUGGCCCAGAAGGACGUGAAAAAGGACAGCGAGACGCUCAUUCCGGACGGCAAGGACCCCGAGGCGCCGGAGUUUGUGGUCCGCCAGUCGAGGGCGUGGUGCUGGUGCUUCUGCCUGGGACUGGCCCUCAUGCUCUCAGGUGUGGUCGUGGGAGGAGCUUACCUGUACAGGUACUACGUGCUGGAGGAGGGGCAGGUGUUCGUGUGCGGGGUGAAGUACCGCGAGGACGACUACAGGAUUGCAGACUACAACGAGGAGGACGAUGGGAUGCCGGAAGAGCCUGCCGUCAGUCUUCGCAGCAUUCAGGAGACGGUGCGUGUGAUGCAGGAUGACGAGAUGACGCUCAUCCACGUCCCCGUGCCUGAAUUCGGCGACAGCGACCCAGCCGACAUCGUCCACGACUUCAACAAGGGGCUGACAGCAUAUCUGGACCUGAGCCUGGACAAGUGCUACGUGAUCACUCUCAACACGUCUGUGGUCAUGCCCCCCCGGGACCUGGUGGAUCUGCUCAUCAACAUUAAGGCUGGUACCUACCUGCCACAGACGUACCUGGUGCAUGAGCAGAUGAUGGUGACUGAGAAAUUCGAUGAUAUGGACCAGCUGGGCUUCUUCAUUAGCAAACUUUGCAGAGGCAAAGACACCUAUAGACUGCACCGCCGAGACACCAUACUGGGCAUGCAGAAGCGCGAGGCUCUGAACUGCCACAAGAUCCGCCAUUUCGAGAACAAAUUCGUCAUGGAGACCGAGAUCUGCGAGCCGUGAGAGAAAAGAAAGGCGACGAGAGAAGGAGACGGAGGAAGCACCUGAGCUUCUCUCACACAGCAGCUGUUUUUUUGUUUUUUUUUAAACCGCCACCACACUGUUGUGAAGUUUUGUCAUCUGUUUUUUUUCUAGGCCUUCCUCCUGUACUUUUGUAGCUACAAUGUGAAAGUGUGUUCGAGGUCUUUGAUUUUCUCUAAGCUUUAAGCAUGUCUAAUACUCCUUCAGAGGUAGAGUUUCUGAAACAAUAAGGGGAAAGUGCAAAAGAGAGCGCGAGUGUACGUGUGUGCGUGUUUCUCAUUAAGGCUGAUAUUCUUUACAGUUCUUUCAACUGAUUUGUAGGGGUCCAAGCACCACUUCUUCUACUGAUAUUUGACGAUAUUUGCUUGACAUUUUCUGAGUGAGGUAAGACAAACGAAAUGCUUUAGAAAUCUAUAAGAACAGUAACAGCACAAAAUUGCUGGUGAUGCUAUAGAAAUGAUUAUAUUUUUUUCCAAGAGCCGAAGAGGAAAUUCUGCAGUAAUUUUUAUACCACUAAGCUAUACGUGAACAAAAGUUUGCUUUUUGUUUUUACUCCUGUCGAGUUUAGCUUUUAAAAGUUUAUAUUUGAAUAGUUGGACUGAUUUCCUGAAGAAAUUGAAUGAUGAACAUACACUGCCGUUCAAAAUUUUGGAAGUUUGGAGGUAAUUUUCUUUUUUUCUUUUUUUAUUAACAUCAUAAACAAUCAAAGAUUCAAGUAUUAUAAACUGGACACCAAAAGGUUUUGAUUUUAUUUAAUUAUUUUUGGUUUAAUUUGGUUAAUAAUCAAAUUAUAAUCCUCAAAAUUCGAUCACUUUUGAAAUACGAGGAAAUCUGGAAAUUCGAGGUGGGGGUGAUAAAUUUUUGUGGACGUCAACUGUUUUAAAUCCUGAUUGUCACCAAAUAAAGUGAUAUGAGCGGACAUCCACACAGUUAAAUUGCUUUUGCCAACACAACUAACAGUUUAUAUUAAUAAAAACAGUGAUUCCAAACUUUUGAAUGGUAGCGUAUAAUGGAAAUUUUGGAAAAAAAAUGACAUGGAUAAUUAUAAUAUCCUUUUAAAAAUGUUCAGGUGUUCACUUGAGUAAUUUCAAAUUGAAAGUCCAUGCAAUAACAGAGCUUUAUUAAUAGCGGCAAGAAAAUGUUUGUAUUCUGUGGAGCACAGUACUAUAGACGUGCUCCGGAAUGUACCACAUAGUUCGGAAAAGUUAUGCUAAUUUGUGUAUAAAAUUCCUGUAAAGGGACAAAAUAAAGUCUUAAACUUUCGUCA